AUGGCCAUUGCUGUCGACAGCGACGCAACCAUGUCCACCACCGAUUUCACUCGCCCUAGAAUCAGAGCCCGUUCUGCUGGCUAUAUUAUCAGUGAUAAGCGAUCAAACUGCCUGGGAUCGGUUCGAAAGCAACUACGGGAAUGUCUGUCGAAAAACGAGUCACUUUCGCGGGUUCUCGUCGCCGUUUUGCUGCUAUACUUUCUAGAUGGCUACAUAGAUUGUACAGAGCAGUCGGCAUCUACGACAAGUCACCAGGUCGGAGUGCGUGCUAUCGUGGAGCAGUUAGGCGGGUUCAGUGCGCUACUCGAUGAGAGUGAAAAGGAGAUUCCACACAUGUUGCUAUCAGAGUUCGCGUCAACGGAUCUUACCCGAGCUUUACUUGAUGAUCGACCUCCAUGUUUCCCCGCAAGUAUUUGGCUCGAUAUAGAGCGUGGCCCCGUUUGGUGGGAGAAACAGACAUACGGGAUCACUCUAGCAGCCGUGUUCCGCACCAUGGCACAGCUAGCGUUCUAUCGACACUCAAUACUGAAUGGGGAUGAGGAACUUGAUAUCGAAAAGGUCCGAGAUUUUGAGAGAUGCCUUCAACCAUCCUUCCAAGUCUUGAAUCUAGAUCAUUUUGACUGUCCGGAGGAGGAUACUGUUUCCCGGGGCGAACUCGAACGAGUGAACCAGACAAUCACGUUCACCAGGGCAUUCCAACAUAGCGCAUUGAUAUAUCUAUACCGGGCAGUCUGUGGACUUCCUCCGAGACAUCAUCUGGUCCAGCAACAUGUUAACUUCUGCAUGGGCUGUAUCAACGCCAUCAGCAGCUCCUCCAAGGCACAUAAUUGUCUCAUCUUUCCUGUCUACGUUGUCGGUGCUCAUUCCUUCACUGCAGAUCAUCAAACGGAUAUCCUUGGUAAGAUUGACUGCAUCUAUCGUACGAUUCGGUUCAGUUCUCUGUUGAGUAUCCGUGCUGCCUUGGAAGAUCUCUGGAAAUCUGAGAAGCAGGAUGGCACAUGGGCAGACUUGUUUACUUCUUUGGGGAGGGAUGUUCUAGUAUUAUAG